AUGACUGCCAAGGAUCACAAAGAAGUCAUCAUCAAGCCUGCAACACUCACUGAUGCGGUUCGUAUCGCAGAGCUAGGCGCACACGUCUUCUCAAUAACAUUUGGGCACUCCGUUGAACCUCACGAACUCGAUGCUUUCCUCGAAGAAUCCUACACAGAAACCUCAAUCGUCAACGACCUCAAUGACCCCAACAAAGAUGUAAUCAUCGCCACAAGCUCGGACGAUGAUUUCCUCGGCUUCGCGUAUCUCACUCGCGGAAGCAGUGAGCCCUGUGUAGAGAACAUGGAAAAGACCGUUGAGUUACAGCGGAUUUAUGUGCACCCUGAUUCUCAUGGCGCUGGUGUUGGAAAGGCCCUGGAGAAGGCCAUUGAGAGCAUGGCGAAGGAGCAGGGGUAUAAGAAUUUGUGGCUUGGUGUUUGGGAGGAGAACCCUAGGGCGAUAAGGGCGUAUGAGAAAUGGGGUUAUAAACAGGUCGGGAAUCACAAUUUUACAAUUGGAUCUAUUGUUCAGACUGACCAUAUCAUGGUCAAGAGUUUGUAG